AUGGGUAAAAUUCGGUGGUCUGAUUUACCUAUAGACCUAGUUGAGUGUUUAGCCGGUCGUUUAACUUCAAACAUUGACCUAAUCCAUAUCCGUAGCAUCUGUAAACCUUGGCGUUCCAGGGUUCCGGCCAAGAAGCGUGUCCGGAACCACUUUAAACGUGACCUUCCUGUUUUCAAGGACCAAACUACCAUUCUCUCAUCGACCACGUACUUUCGUGUAACCCUACCUUCUUCGUGUCCUGACAAAGGAUGGCUGACCGAUAACAGACAAGUCUCUGAGGUCAGUAAGAGAAAACGACUCUUGUCUCCUAUGUCUUGCCAACACAUCACCCGUUCACCCCACAAAACCCUAGACCUUUUGAAGUUUGGGGUUUCAACGAUUUACGAAGCUUACAACGUUCAAUACUUUACCAAGAAUGAUCAAGAGGAUCUUAGGCUUCUUAAUGGUGUAUUUUAUAGGUUUUUCGCGAAUGCGGAUAGAGUUGUUUUCUUAGACAAUCUAUUUUUCGUAGUUUACAUAAACGAAAUUUGGUGGUGCAAGAACGAUGAAGGAAGUAGAUGUUGGACAAGAAUAAACAAUGAAGAAGUUGAUGGUUUCUUGGAUAUUAUACUUCACAGAGGAAAAAUCUAUGCCUUAGACUUAAGUGGAGCAAUUUGGUGGAUUAGUUUAUCUGAGUUCAACAUAUAUAAAUAUAGAUUUUCAACUCCAAAGGAAGACUUAUACAACGAGGACGACAUUAACAAGUGCAAAGAAAAGAGACUCGUGGAGUAUUGUGGAGAUCUAUGCAUUUUUCAUCGUUUCUUUAACCUCGAGCGAACGGUUGGUUUUAAGGUUUAUAAGAUGGACGAGGAUUUGGUAGAGUGGGUUGAGGUCAGUUCCUUGGGAGACAAGACAAUCAUCGUGACUACCGACAGUUGUUUUACUGUUAUAGCUUCAGAGUACUAUGGAUGUUUGGAGAAUGCUAUAUACUUUAGUGAAGCGGAAGAUGAUAGUGUGUUUAAGCUUGAUGAUGGUAGCAUCAUUACCAAGAAGAUUGGUUCUUCUUCUUCAUCUUCUCAUCAAAAUUGUUUUGAGAUGUUCUAUACUCCUUUUCUCUGA